AACAUAGUCUCCCUCAUGUUCUCUUCUAAUAUUAACAUCUGCUUGCAAUUUGGGAAAUAAAACGUGCAAAAAUGGCCAGAAGGACAAAAGGUCUUUUGUAUACUUCACAUCAGUUUUAUUGGUCUAACAGGCCAGUAUCAUAAUAGUGAUUUUAAUUGCUUCAAAUGGAGGAAACAUCAAGUUUAAGUGAAAUGGUGGGUCAAAAUGAAGAAUGUGUGCAUCUCUCAUGAAAAGAGAUCAUCCUUCUCUAUGGUUAGGAUUAUGUUUUUAUCCAGGAUUAUAAAUGGUGAUAUUAAGAAGGGAGGGCUAGCUUGGCUCUUAAUGAUGGGUUAAUACUCAGGACUCAGAACCACUUUACCGUGUCAUGCUCAGCAGGCAUUUGGCGGAGCAUCAGUUGGAAUCUUAUUUAUUUAUUUUUUUUGAAUAGCAGUUUAUUUUAUACAUAUAGUUUAUUCCAAUCACUUUUUUUCUCUUCUAAUUUUUACAAGAUGACAUCUGCUGGAGUUAAGUUAAAAUCAGAAGCUACUGAUACUGAGAGUACUCCAGAUAUCGACAGAAAGCAUCUAGUGGCACCUGUAAAUCAGUUGCAAGUUCCUUCUCAGCGUCAACGCUCCAGUUCUUUAAGGGAAGAAUCACCUGAAGAACAGCAAAAGUUUCUCAGUAUGAUCACUCAUGGGCAGCGUGGACGUAUAGAGGACCAGCGCUGUGUUUUGAGUCCUAGCGCAGAUCGGGAUUUUUUUUUAAACCUUUUGACAAGAGCUCAAAGUGGGAGGCUGGAUGACCAGCGAGUAUCACUUUCAUCAUUACCAGCAUCAAAGAAUGAAGAUGAUGAUAAUAAAGGAGACUCAAACGGCUUGUUUCAGAUGGUCUCAAAAGUCCAGGGUUCCAGGAUAGAUGACCAAAGAUGUUGCCUGCCUCAGUUUCAAGACCCACAGGCCCAUAUUUAUGAAAAUAAUUCAAAACUAUCACCUGCGUUGGGUCCAGCGCGCUCAGCCUCCUUCAGCACAAACUCAGAUGUAAAUCCAAAGAAUAAAGAGAAACAGCAAAGUGCGUUAAAUGUUAAUCCUCAAGGUUUGCCUAGUUCCAAAUUCACUCAAAGCACAAUGCCACAAGAUGAUGAAAAGCUCUUUAGUUUGGUCGCAAACUCCCAGGGCAGACGACUUGAUGACCAGCGUAUGUUUCUUCCAUCAUUACCAGGAAUACAGAACAGUGGCACCAUAUCAACAUUAACUCCUGCUGAAAUGGAUGCAAGAUAUUUAUACAAUUUAGUUUCAAGAGUCCAGGGCUCAAGGAUGGAUGAACAAAGAUGUUCUGCACCCAAAAUCCUAAAAAAUUUGAACACCCCUUCGACUGAGCGCAAAAAACUCAUAAAUGAUGCAUCUGAUAAACUUCCCAAGAGUUCAGCUAUCUUUAAUGCUCCUCAACAUUGGCAGAUCAGAGGGAUUAAAGAAUGA